AUGGCACACGGUGGCGAAGACAGUUUUUCGGACAAUAAUUUGAUGCAACAGAUCGUUCGACAAAACCAGCAGAUGGCAGAGCAGAACUCACGAUUGAUGAUCCUCCUGGAGCGAUUCGGCAUUCAAGAAGGCUCCGAUUCCGGUCGUUCGUCACGUAACCCGGAAUUCAUCAUCGAAUCACUGGCUUCCAACAUCCAUGAGUUUACGUACGAUCCAGAUAAUGGAUUAGUUUUCGACCGGUGGUAUCGAAAAUACGAAGAUCUUUUUCUCAAGGACGGUGCGAAAUUGGACGAUGCAGCGAAAGUACGAUUACUCCUGAGAAGUCUCAGUGUCAACGUUUUCGAUCGAUACGUCAAUUUCGUGCUUCCACAACAUCCCCGUGAGUUCUCGUUUGAAGAAACUGUGAAGAAACUCAAGGGUCUGUUCAGCAUUCGCAUUUCACUGUUCAGCAAACGUUAUCAUUGUUUUCAGCUGACAAAAAACGAUGCUGAUGACUUUGUGACAUACGCUGGAACAGUUAACAAGCACUGUGAAGAUUUUGAGUUAAACAAACUAACCGCCGAUCAAUUCAAAAGUUUGGUUUUCAUCUGUGGACUUCGUUCGUCGAAGGACGCGGAUAUUCGAACAAGAUUAUUGUCAAAGCUCGAAACGAACGUUGAAGAAGAUUGUAAACUAGAAUCGCUUAUCACGGAAUGUCAACGUCUUCACAAUCUCAAGCAUGAUACCGCUAUGGUGGAACAGAAGCAGAAAACGGUAAGCUCUGUCUGUACAGUCAAGCAGAAGAAGACUCAUCCGAAUCCAUCUGGACCGAAAACCACCACAAACGGUAAAUUAAGCACCCCGAAGACACCCUGUUGGCAAUGCGGUGAAAUGCAUUUUGUUCGCGACUGUUCGUUUACAAAGCAUUUGUGCAGAGACUGUAAGCAAACCGGACAUAAGGAAGGUUACUGUGGCUGCUACACUGCGAAGACAGCAAGCAAGAAAAAGCAUCACAAGGUAAAUGGAGUUUAUGUAAAGAUUAAUGAUGCAGAAGUGACUCUGCAGUUUGACACCGCUUCAGACAUCACAAUCAUUUCUCGGAUGCAGUGGAGCAAAAACCUUGGAUCACCUCCUUUACUCCCAACCACACGAGUAGCGACAACAGCAUCUGGUAAGGCUCUCCAAUUUCUUGGUGAACUUUCAAGUACAGUUACACUUGGAAGCAUUACCAAAAUCGGAAAACUCUACGUGGCCCAUAACAAUCUCAACCUGUUUGGGCUCGAGUGGAUUGAUUUGUUCGAUCUAUGGCACAAAUCAUUGUCAGCAAUUUGCAACCAAGUACAAGUUGAUAUUCCCAGCGUAGUCGAACACUAUAAAUCAAGAUUCCCCGAUGUAUUCCUGAAAGGUCUUGGGCACUGCAAGAAAACUCAGUGUCCUGUUCCAUUCACGACUAUCGGAAAAGUUGAUGCUGAGUUGCAACGUCUUCAAGAGCUGGGACUCAACGCCGCUCUGGAGUCAAACAUAUAUCCACUACCAGUUCCCGAAGACAUUUUCAGCAAGCUCAACGGCUGUAAUUAUUUCAGCAUAAUCGAUCUCAGCGACGCCUACCUGCAAGUAGAAGUGGAUGACGACUCGAAAAAUUUGCUGGCCAUAAACACCCAUCGAGGACUGUUUCGUUUCAACCGGCUCGCACCUGGGGUGAAAUCCGCACCUGGAGCUUUCCAACAGCUGAUGAACACGAUGAUUGCAGAUAUCGAGGGUGUCGAAUCGUUCCUGGAUGAUCUAAUGGUUUACAGUAAAACAGUUGAAGAACAUCAUGCAAUUCUCACUGUUCUUUUCAACCGAAUGCAGCAGUAA